GGGCAUGAUAACUGUACUUUUAGUUUAUGGUAGACACAGCUUGUUCGCACAUUUUCCAAUUUUACCACUAGUUAUGAACGCAACAUGAGUUUCUACAUCCCCCUCUCUUGUUAAAUAAAAGUGCCACCACUGAAAUACGCCUGUUACUUCCUGCCUCGUUGGGUGUUUGUCUGUCUUUUUCGAAACCAUCAUAGAGCAUUUUCAUUUAAUGCAAGAUAUUGGACCUGUUUCCCAACCCAGAGUACCACUGCACACCUGCCUGUCUACCAGUCCCAGAUCAGCCCACAGUACCACUGCUGUUCACCUGCUUGUCUAUCUGUCCACGAUGAAGCUCAUCUUGACUCUCUCUCUCAUCUGCAUUCACUUCUGCUCAGUUGAGAUGCUGCAGUGUUUCAACUGUACUGAUGCAGCAUGUACAAACUCUUCUUUAGUUACCUGUCCAGCCUCAAAUGAAAGAUGUCUCACUGCAACCAGAACCAUACAAGGUCCCGAUAAUACCACCGUGGUACUCAAAAUGUGUUCACCAUCCUCCAUCUGUGUAACUCCUCUUAACACUGAAGUCACAGUGUCAGGGAACUUGGGCAUCAUAAGGGCUGCCUCUAACCAGCUCUGCUGUAACACCAAUGGGUGCAACAAGGAAACUCUGUCUGCCCCGAGUUCACUGGCUAACGGAAGACAAUGUACCUCUUACAGCAGCUUCCAAGGCGUUGUGCAUAACAGCACUGUGGCCUGCCUGGGGGUGGAGGACCAGUGCUUGAGCUUCAGCGGCAAUGUACUUGGCUCAAUCAAUUAUAUGGUGAACAUCCAGGGCUGUACAUCUACCAACGUGUGCAACUAUAUUGAUCAACUGCUGCCCUCAAGUUACAUCAACUUUGUGCAAUUCACCUGUAACACAGCCCCUUUACCUGUAACUGUAACCAAAGCCCAUAACACAGCCUGGUCCAUUAGACUGAGCCUAGUCCCUCUGCUGCUGGGCCUCACUAUCAGCAAACUCAUCUGAUAUAAACAGAGAUGAACAUAUCGGGACUCAUCUGACAACAUAAUGCAUUGAUUACAAAACAACAGAAUGUACAAUGAUUUUUAUGUAUUGUGAAAUACGUACUAUAAUUGAAAAUCUGUUGUUUAUAUGGAAUUUGCCAGAUGAUGCCCUGUGACAUUAUAUAUGCUUGCUUGAGGAAAUACUUUCUUAUAUAUUAUUCUGUAUAUUUGAUAAAGUGGGAUUGCUUGUAAGUUUAAAACAAAUAAUCUGUCAAUGCCAAUAAAGUUUCUAUCACUUUACCAAAAUGGAAA